AACUCAUUCAGCCCAAUUUAUGUAGCCUAUGAAAGUAAGUAGACUGCUGUGGGGUAAUUUAAAUUCGCAUGAUUUAUUAGCAAUCACACCCCUGGCGUUGGAUUUCUUUUCUCGUUCUGUCUCCAUCUGCAAAUAAUAUUUACAAGUCUUUAUGCAAACUCUACCUAGUGUCCUUUUCCAACACCAUGUUACCCCAUGAUGGAGCUGUCCACCAUCCCUUGGGUGGUGGGUCGUAUUAUUUCGGGAAGAAACUCAUCAGAUAUCUGAAUGAUCAAUGUACUCGACCUACAAUUGCUGUUCAUAUCGGCUCGCAGCCAAACAGCAGUCCACAUGUUGGCAAUAUGGUCACUUUUGCGACAGGAUUCGCCCUUGCCGCUGCUUUGAAGAAAGAGUUCCAGCGAGAUAUUAAGGCCAAGUUCCUUUAUGUGGAUAGCGCCCCUUCCCCAGGUCAGGACAUCAAUAUCAACGGGGUCAGAUAUCAAAAAAGUCUCAAACACACAGGAGACUUCGGGGCAAACCAAGCGGCGUUUACAAAGGUGCUAGACGAAAUGUCUGCCCUGUCCGGUGUACCAUAUGACAUUGAGACACAAAAUUUCUGGCGAUCGAAUCCUGCGUUUGGAGCUAUUCUCCGGGACAUCGUGGGUCGUCACAAAACCCUUGGCCCUCAUAUGUCACCAGAAACAGGCAAGCUGGCGAUUCGCGCAUCAUGUACACACGAAGGAUGCGGGCUAGCAGAUAAACACGGCAUGAACAAUAAGUACCACGACAAUAACAUCACAUUCGUGUGUCCUGAGCAUGGAGACCACCACAUCGAUCUCACAUCACCUCAAGAUCUAGACCGGUUGGAGUUCAACACGCCCCUGCGCAACCUCAUCCGGAUUCUCAUCUGCAGUCGAGAUCCAAACACAUCGUGGAUUAUGUGUACUGGGGCUGAUUAUGCCGGUUUCUACCAGGAACAGCUGACAUGGAGGCUGCUGGAGCGGCCUGCAAGUGCCCCGGUGAUAUUUUAUGCGCCUCUUGUCCUCGAUUGGUCUGGGGGGAAGCUCUCAAAGAGCAUGUAUGUCAAGCAGGGUGCAUACAAGUAUCUGCGUGAUUCAGGGCGCAGUUACGUGCUAGAUACAGAUGCAUUUUUCAGGAAUGAAGGUGGGCUCAAGGCGUUGUUUGAGGAAGUGCAGGAUUGGGUGGAGAAUCCAUAUAAGCUGUUCAGGAACUACUCCGUGGAGUAUCUUGACACGCAACUGAUAUCUCGGGGGAUGAAGCUUAUAGAGAAUGGCUCUGCUUAGACUAUUAGAACAUUAAUCCAUUAUAUAUGCAUUGGAACACUUAAUGAUGGCCCAUAAUCCAACCUCUUAAUCCUUUGGAUCAGACUGUGUAAAGAAAUCUGAUAUCUUUUUCCGUCCAGCCGGACUUGAUGUAGGCGCUUUCUUAGCCUCUUCUCGAUCAUCUACCUUCCUCCUCUCCGGCUUCUCUUCCUCUGGCCUGGAGAAAACAUGAUCCUGUUUAUCCAUCGGUACCCUCUCCAGCAGCGCAACCGGAACCCAACAAUACUUCUGCGGCGCGCCCUUCAACCACCCUUCCGAAAUAGCCCCCUUCAAACUAAUCGGCUCUCUCAACCUCCACAAAUCCAGAAUCUCAUAUGCAUAUUUCGACACCUUCCUCCCGGAAUUAAAGUCUUCAUUUCCUAUCC